UGAGCGUUUUCUUGAGAUUUUCCAUGUCAACCCAAUUAUUAAGUCGAUGCUUUAGAAGCACGCCGAGAUUUUGCUCCAGUCUUUGGCGUCUUCUGAUUAUCACAAGCCCCCGGCUAUGGAUCACGACAGACCACCCCCACCACAAGAGCCCCUAAAAUUCACUGCAAGCGCUAGUUCAAUUGCCGAAACCGGCGAUGCGCUAUGUGACGCAGCACGCGAUACCAUGAGAAAAUUGGUUUUAACAGUAACACCAGAGACCGCGUCGUUCCAGAAUGUUAUGCGCGUACUCUUAGAGCUUGAAAAUGAAUUUCAACUCACUUCAAAUGUUAUCGGCAUAUACGCGCGUGUCGCACCAGAUGCCGACCUCAGAAGUGCAGCCGCCAAAGUUAUAGGCAAGAUAUCGCAGUUUCUAAUUGAAAAUAAAGCAGAUAGAGCUAUUCUGCGCUUAGUGGAAGCGGUCUUUCAGAAGCAGUCUCAUGACAAGACGCUUGAUUCAGAAAGUCGCAAGGCGCUAGCCGAAGAGAGACGAAGCCGCCAGCGCAGCGCAAUCUCCUGCCCGGAUGGUAAGGAUGAAAGUUGCCUCGGGCGCAUUCAGCGGCGACUAAAGAAUGUCGAGGCAGAGCUCGUAGAAAAUCUGGACGAGCAUCAGCAUUGCCUCUGGCUCACUCGAGAGGAUCUAAGUGGCGUUCCAGAAGAUAUCUUGAGGAGUAUGGAACGCGGGACCGGCGAGCUCAACGGCUCAUUCGGGUUGGAUCUCAACGGAAUGCAAGCGCGACUGCGAGAGAGCAUCGUGAGCUCUUCUGCUACGAGGAGGACAAUUUACUUGGCAACUAGGCGAGUGUCACUCAGCAACUGUGAAGCAACUUUCACCAGGAAAAUAUUGUCGAGCUUCUUCUCAGCCUCAUUUUCGGGAUUGUCACCUUAAUCAAUACCCCUAACAAAGAAGUUCUCGUUGUGUAUACUCUUUCAUCUUCUCUCCAAGUAAAGCCCCCUCUGAUUGGUAGAAAUAAAAGUGGGGAGAAGCUUGGAAAAGCAAACAAGACCCAACGCCAUGUUUCUUCUCUUCCAACCACAG